CGUUACAAGUAACUCGUAUACCCACGGUCUCCGGUCUGGACCGAACUUAGUGUGAUCAACAACGGGUCUUUAUUUAACGGUAGUUUCCGCGAGUUUCAACAUGACGCGUCACAAAUGUGCAAACUCAAAGUGGACUGUAGUUUUAGUUUUAUUUGUUUUGUGUCAAACGGUUCUUUCGCGACCUCAAAAUGAUACGUCACCUGUUCAAAGUUCAACUCAACCCUCUACAGAUACAUCAGAAAUUCCUACAAGAAUCGAAAAUAUCGACGAUGUCAAGCCGCAAGAUCCAGCAACGCCCGUCUCUGAAUCGCCUAGUACGUUACGAGAAGAUAAGAAAAAUAAGCCACCUAUAAUAGGAGAUUCAAUUAAAACAGUUACAAGUCAAUUGGUUCAUAAAACUGCAAACGAAACUAUUGAAAACCCGAUUGUCAUAGACACAAGAAUACCACCUAAGCUAAAAAGUCAAGUAAAACAUCGCAUCAAGACGAGGAACGAUGAUGGGGAUGAACCUAUAGAAAACUUUCAUACUGGCAUAGCGGUUCCCGUUACUAUGGAAGAACUAGAAUCUGAAAAUGCUGUGACGGAUGUAGUAAGCGAAUCAUCUACUCCAAAUGAAGGAAUUUCAACGUGGAUUCUUUUGAAUAACCCUCCAAACAAAGAAAACCCAUCAUCCACGACAGAACCAACAAAAGUUGAGGAUCAACCAAAAAAACAAAAGCCAGCAAAUUCUAGGAACAAAAAUAAACGACCCCAAAAUAAUAAAGUCCCAAAAAGACCAAUUAUCGGUAGUACAAAUAAAUCUGAUUUAAUCGCUGGUGGUUCCGCCAUUAAUGAAAAUGUCUAUAACAAAAUAAAGGACACUGUUUUAUCAAACGUACAAAAGAAUAAAAACACUGUUCAACGUACGACAACGACCACUACUACCCAAGUAACUACGACGGACGCACCAACAACUAAAAGAGAAGUAGUGACAAAAGCAUCCGGUUCAAUGGCACCUGUAGCUAAAGUAACUCCAAAACCUGCAAAAAAGAAGAAUAAGAAUAAGGUGAAAGUAAGUACUUAUGCUCCCGAAGUAAGUGAAUCAGCUUUAUUACCUAUGGAAGCUAAAGAGCAAGAGAUAGAAAUCGAAGUUAGCACGCCCGUAACAACAACUAAAAAACCUAAACGGUCAUCUACUAGAAAGAAGACUAAAACAAAGAAAAGGAAAACAACUAAACAUAAGCCCGAAAGCACUACUGCUGUUGCGACUGAAUUAAAAACUGCAAAUAAGACGAAAUCAGCGAAGCAACCUAAACCAGCUACUAGUGGACCAAUCACAUCACAAAUUUACAAUUACUUUUCCAGAGAAGUAAUGCCAUCUGUAGGUGUCGGUGUUAUUGGAUUAGCGAGUUUAGUAGGCAUUGCCAGCUACUUCUUAUACCCGUUUACUUCACCGGUAAGACGAACCUUCGAAGUAGAUAAGAAAGACGACAUUUACAAGCACAACGCCGAGGAGUAUGGAAGUGAGGGUAACGGUCAAGCAGAGGAAGAAAUGUUAGGAACUGUGCUUGCAGGAAUGCCAACUCAUGCAAAACAUAAGAUCAUAAAUCCGUAUGCUGCUCAAACUCCAUCUUUGAAUCGGUAUCAAGUGAAAAAAGAUCAAGAUAUCAGGUAUCGUCAUGUCCAACAACCGGCAAAUUAUGACCCGCACUAUAAAGCACAGCAACAUUACGCUCAACAAAAAACUGGUAUUGCUCAUGGCGCAGUGUAUCCCGAACCAUUAAAUUACAACCGUCCUCAUUACGAAACACGACAUGCUUAUACAACAGAACACAAAUAUGAUAAAGCUUCGACAUCAUAUACACCUUAUCCUGCAGUAGAACCUAUCUAUGCAGCUCCACAGACAGGCGCGGGAAUUUCAUCAUACGGUAGUGAAACAGCUAACGCAGUGGUUUACGGAGUUAAACCUUCUGCAGAAUCUGAUUUUAAGCCAGUUUAUCCGUUUGAUGGACAGUUUUAUGGUGACACAACUAACCCACCUGCCACAUAUGCACCAACAUCAAUGUUUUUAGGUUCUAAUAAUGAAGACGAAGACGAUUCGGAUAAAUAUGAUAAUUCAAAUUCUAACAGUGGCAUGGCAGACAAUAAAUUCGUGGUGGGUAACGUUCCUAAAGAACUAAGCGAAGAGUCAGCAACACCAGCAGUUGUUCCGGAACACGGGCCUAGAAAUAUUAGAAGACGUCGUCAUUUACGUAAGCGUAGAGGUCUUGCUCAAUCAAUUGAUGACUUACUUAAAGCUGCAAAAGAUAACAAGGAUGUAUUUUUGAGCAACGAAAUAGAUGAAAUGCCUAGUAUCUCAGGAAAAUAUACAGACAUGUACCAAAUGCCAGCUGAAAGUAUGAAUGUACCAAAAACCUCGGAAGGUGAAAACGUUCUAACAGUUUUCGCAGUAUCUAUGGAUCCCGCCAAAGACCCGUCUCUAACUGAAACUACUACAAUGAAAAAUAUUGUAGUUGAAAGCGUUUCAACUGUACCAUUGGAUCAAACGAAACAAGAAAUAACAACAACAGAAUCUGAAGGUAUAAAGGAAUCAGAUAUUACGACAAAAUCGUUCAAAGUAAUUGAAGUGUUUACAAAUAAUCCUAUAACAACCGACAAGAGCAGUCCUUUGAUAAUUGAUGGAGCAGAAAAAACUGACACAACUACACAGGGUAGAAAUUCGAAUACUGAAACGACUACAGAGUUAAAAUCUGAAACGACUUCAACCAUGCCACCUUCUCCAUCUCCUGUCACAGAACCUAAAGUACAAACCACGUCACCAAAACCUACCGAUGGUCCAGAAGUAAUAACUUAUCCACCUUUAAACCAAGAUGGCGGAUUUUUCGGUUUCUUAAAACGUUUGGUUGAAUUCAAAUACAGACUUGGAUUAAGUAUUUUACAAACUACGUCAGAAUCUUUGAAUAGAUAUUUACGUUCAAUGGAAGAAACAGUAAAGAAUGCAGCGAAUGGAUCACAUCGAUAAAUUAUUAUUAGUAUUAUUUCUUCAGAUACUCAGAAUUUCGACUGUUUUGUUAAUGUUUAUUUCUUUCUAUACUUUUAUAAAUGUCCCAUUGGAACCCAAACGAAUUAGUUCUAGAUUAAUAAAAAAUAAUAGGCAUUUAUUCAUGUGUUUCGAAGGAACUCAAAUGUUAGGUCUAUUGACAUACUAAAAGAAACUGUUUUGAACAUCAACCGAAGGCAUAAAAUAUGGUCCCACGAGGAUCUCAUUGCAAUUUUUUGACAUUGAUAAGAGGGCCUCCAAUUUUUAAGGAUUACCAGUGAGCUAAUAUUUCCUUACUUCUUCUAUUCCUUUAACUUCAUUUGUUUUUCAACAUUUGCAUCGAAACUAAAACAU